UUUCAGAUAAUUCGCACAACUUUCCUCGUGACUUUCAUAAAUAAGGGUAUUUUUUAAUGAACUUUUCUACAAAUGCCUUUCAGAUAGUUUACAUUACCAUAACAAUACCACAUGCUUCAAAUGACUUCUUUGCUGACAGUUACGAAAGAAUACCUACAUUACGUUUAUAUCAGAAUUUAAUGUGAAGAAAAAAAUUGGUUUGUGUCAGUAUGUGUGUGUGCACACCUACCGAUUUUGUUAAUUGUAAACUGAAAUGCUAUCUGAAAGGUAUUUGUAGAAAAUUUAAUUUAAAAUAUCUAUUUUCUGAAACGUUUAUGUAUUUGUUUUGCAAGAUUCCUAAUGUGAAAUCGUUUAUUGAAACAGAUAUGUUUUCUUUACUGGCAAAGAUAAAAACUGGUUUGAUGGUGAAUCCAGUUGAAAUAGCUGAUGAACAGAAAGAGACUGACUAUGAAGCUGAUGGAUUCCUGUUAAUUGGAGAAACAGAAGCAGAAAAAGCUAAAGCUUAUGGUAGAAUCACAAGUGUAUCUAACAUGUCACCAAUCUAUGGUCAAAAUGCUGCUGCUGUUGAAUCUAGCAAAAUGUUGAAAUCCAAUGUUGAAAAUACAAACAAAGACUGUUUUUUUGAACAUCAUACACCUUGUAAUAUAUCCCCUUUAAAUGGUAUUCCAUUCAAACUUUCACCUCAUUUAGAAAUCAUUUCAAAAUAUUCAGACUUUGAAAUUCACAGCAUUCCACAUGAAAACAUUUCUCUACAGAAAUAUCACUAUGACUUUAGUUUUGAAAAAUCUUUGCUGCGGGACUUGGACCAGAGUGGUGACAGUAUCUCAUCUACCAGUUUCCUUGAACAACAAGACCUAAUAACUUUUUGAAAUCUCAUGUACCAUAUAUAUUUUAAUUUAUCAUGAAUGUUUGAAUGUAUGUGAAUACAAACAAUAUUGCUUUUGAUUGGAUGUAACUAUAUUGACUAUUAUCUUUGAAUGUAAACUAAUACACACACACACACACACACACACACACAUAAUGUGUGUGUAUAUUUAUGUAUAUAUAUAUAUAUAAAUUAUUACGGUUUGAACGGCAAUGUUACUUUUGAAUGUAGAUAAAUUAGAAAGAGAGAAAGGCAGUGCCUACUAGCAUUUUCAUGGUUUCUGCCAGAGUGGAAGGUAGGUAGGAGAUCUACCUGAAUGCUUACAGCAGAGUGACACUCAAGUGCCAAGGGGUUGUGUUGAUUGGGCAAUGGUUGAAAGUUUAUUAUACCUGAACAAGAACAGUUCCUGUUGAUGGGUUUCCAUACAUUUUCUGUCUGCUAAAUUUCACUCACAAUGAAAGCUAUGACUGAAAACACUUGCCUAAGGAUUGAACCCAAAACUGCUGUUAUGAAGUGAAUUUCUUAACCACACAGCUAUGUAUGGGUAUGUUGCCUUUGAAUCUUUAUGUAUAAGUAGUAUUGCCUCCAAUUAUUUAUAUGUGUAGGUGUGUUACCUUUAAAUGUUUAUAAUUAGAGGUAAUUUCUAUGAAAUAAAUCAGUAUCUUCUGAACAAUAUUUAUAUUAAUGUGUGCCUGACUAAAAUAAAGCAAUAUUGUAUUUUAAUAUGAGAAACAUGUUUCUACUUUUACUUUAGAUAUUCAGAUAAAUAAAUGAAAUAAAAUAAUGCUUUAUAAAGUUCAUGUAUCUCAUAAACAUUAAAUUGUGAAGAACUGAACAUUUUAA